AUGGAAAGUGAGAAGAUAGGCCAUAAGAAAGCCCGUCUGGGUGUUUUAUCUUUAGUUCCUGAUGCAGUUAGUGAAGUUCUUAAAGAUGGCGUUAAUUUACAGGAAUUCCGAAAACGAGGGCAAAUAAUCAACAAUAGCCACAGCCAGGCCAUUGAUGCGGCCUUAGCGACUAUACCUACCUAUCCCCAGACUGUGGCAUCUGCCCAUUCGACCGUCAAUCCUUCCUCUGUUCGUCCCAGUCCAAUUAUAACUACAUCCAAUCCUAAUGCGAAUGUUACACUGACCCAAUGGACGAUUAAGCUAGUGCCAGAUGAAGAUGAGCUCUGGAUUGUGGUGUUGGGUCUGAUUAAAGGCAGUGAGAAGAUCAUUCAAAGCUCAUUUAUCAAAAAGCGGAUAUCACCCCAUUGUGUGAUGAGUAAAGGUACAACUUACAUUCUGGAUGGACAGUUUGACGAUUCUAUCCCGCCUUAUCCUAACUUCCGGGCGGCUACUAUGAAGAAGUUCCAGACUGGGUUUCCUAUGCACUGGCAGUCUAUCAUUCGCACUGAGAUUGCGUAUAUUGAGGCCAAAGAGAAUCAAGAGGAGGGUAAUGGCCAUGUCAAUAGCAGCAAUAGUGCCAAUGAAGAGCAUGCCCUGCCGGCCAAGACCAAUAAGACUUCUCGGCGGCGCAAAGCCUAG